AUGCCAGGACCACAAUUCGGAGCUCUUGGUGCUACCUUCACCGUCGUGCGUGCCAUGCAAUUCGUCUCCCUCAUCGCCAUCAUCGGCAUGACCUCGAACUUCAUUGAUCAGAUGGUCAAGCUCGACCAAAAGCCACCGUCUGUUCUGAUCGGUACUCUCAGUGUCACUGUGAUUACCGUUCUCUACAUCCUAAUCUCCUACGUUCUCUACUGGGACAGCAUGCUCCCCUUCCUCGUCUCAACGGCGCUGGACUCCACCAUCCUCAUCGCCGUGAUCGUCGUCGCUGUCACAGUUGGCAAGCCUCUCUCAUACCUCGACUGCGCUGCGCUCUCCAACGAUGGCGGCAGCACCUCAUCCUUCCUCGCUUCCGUUGGUGAGAACAUGAGCAAGGUCAAUUACUGGGUCUGGGCAGGUGCGUCCAAGACGACGUGUUUUGAGUUGAAGAGUAUCUGGGGAUUGAGCAUCGCAUUGUGCAUUCUGUUUGCGUUCAGCAGUGUGGUCAGUGUUUGCCUUUGGAGGAAGCUGAAGGUCGUCGGGCCAGCAAAGGACAUCGAGAACUGA